AGAAUUAUAACCAGCUUUAUCGGUUUGGUUUGUCUCUGGUGUAAAGUUUAAACAUUCCAUGUUACUGCUUGGCAAAGAGCUGUGGCGUAGUAUCACGAAAUACAGAUUCUUAAAGUCUUUCUGCAAUUUAACGGUCAGUCAGUAGGGUACGCUAAUUUAAUUAAUAAAUUCCUGAAAAUCAAUGGCGUAGGAGAGAGUUUGAUGUUGUCGGGGGAGCAACACGUCUAAAGUUAAUCAUUUAAAUGUAAACGUUUAUUAUUUGGAGAGGAGGAAUGAAGAAAUAUUAAAUAUUAGGUUUCCUUGGUUCCUACGCCCCUGUCGAAAAUGGUUUAUAGGUUAAAAGCGGUGGUUAUAAGGCGCGAUGUAAAUGUGUUUGCAGCAGGAAGCGCAUCAGUGCAUGUUGAAAGAUAAAAUCAUUUCCUCAUGCAAUGAAUGCGACGGGACACCGCGGAGACCAGCAGUCCGUUGGUCGGCUUGCAAAGCUGCGAUAGCUCUGCACAAUGAGGGAAGUGAUGGAGGACGUAUUCAUGCUGGUCAUAGUCACCCUGCUGAGCGUCCUGCAAAACGUCUCAUUUGCGAAUAAGGUUGAAAAAGAAUGCAAGACGGCCAAUGCAAAAACGGCUGUUUACGAAAGAGUUUACUGCGCGAAUCGGAACUGCAUGGACACAUAUCCCACCUUUAUCGCUGUUAUGUGGUGUGCUGGCAUAUGUCUGAGCCAAGCACCGGCUGCCUUUGCGGGAAUUAUGUACCUGUUUGUUAGACAGAAGUACUUUGUGGGAUAUAUGGGCCAAACGCCACAAAGUGGUGUCACUGGUUUGCAGCAUGGUGACACUAACCGCUGUUGCAUCACAUGGCUGUUGCCUCACGCCUCUGGGCCCGGGGUCUGAGUCUCUGCCCUGACUCCAUGUGUAAGCAGUUUGCACGCUUUGUUCCUUGGGUUCUCCCAUUUCCAGCCACAAUCCAAAACUGUGCUAAGGUGAAUAGGAGUUAGGGAAUUGUCAGUAGCUGUGACUGUGAGCGUGCCCUGCAGUGGGUUGGCAACACAUCCUGGGCUGUUCCCUGCCCUGCGCCCACAGGCUCUGGACCCCUGAGACCCUGAAUAGGACAAGCGGUGCAGAAAAUGGAUGGAUGUAUUUAGCUCUGGUGCCAGUAACUUUGAACAUUGAUAACAGAAAAUUUAAAUAUCAGUGUCACAACGUGCAGGUACGGAGCGGAAACACAGGAGCAGAAGUCCAGGGAGUUGGGGUAACGUAGGGUUUAUUUAGGAGGAAACACACUUGGGAACAUGAAACAACAGGCAUGGAUAAUUAACUGACGUCAAUGACCGGACUGGGGAAACAUUCACAGAAACUCACAAACUCAGAAACUUGUAUAUACAACAGCAAUUAACACAACUAGAAACAGCUGGUAAGAUGGGGAUUCCACACAGGAUCGAUGAGGGGGCAUGGCACACAAGAGGAUCGGCACGAUCGGGGCAUGACAAUCAGCCAGUAAUACGGGCAUGUUAUCCUAUAUUCAUAAAGACAAUAUGUAACGAUGAUGAUGGUGAUGAUGACUGGACGAUAAUAAUAAUAAAAAGAGAUAAAUAUAUUGCUCAAGAAUCUCUCUAUCCAUGCAUUUUGUAUACUCACUUGUCCUGUGCAGAGUCAUAGUUGUCUGUUGCCAGUCCCAGAAGCGAUGGACACAUGACAGGGGAAUAGACCUAGAGAGAUUCUGAGUGAAAAAAGUCAUGCUUCAUAUUUUACCCAGAAUCAUUCAGCCCUACCCUCAGAUGCGGGCAUGGCACACACAAGGAUCGUACGGAGCUGGGCAUGACAGUAACAAAAUGAAAUGACAUAAG